GGUGUAUGUACACAAGAAUUAUGUUCAACUCGAGAUGAUAUUAAAAAAUAUGAAAAAUUAAAUGCAACAAUUAUUGCCAUUUCGGUUGAUUCAAUGUUUACAUUAGGAAAAUUUCGUGAAGAACAAAAACUUCCAUUUGAUUUAUUGUCCGAUUUUAAUAAAGAAGUUUCUCGAAAAUAUGAUUCACUUUAUGAAGAUUUUCCAUAA